UAAAAGCCCAGGUUACCCCAGAAAUCUGUAUCGCAUAAUCACGGUGACAAUGAAGCUGAAGAGCUGGGAUCCGUGGCUGGGCUAUGUGCUUGCGCUUCACUUCCGGACCCUAGUACUCUGGGGCGACUUUGGGGCCAUGGCACUGGACAAUGGCUUGGCGAGAACACCUACUAUGGGCUGGCUGCAUUGGGAGCGUUUCAUGUGCAAUGUUGACUGCCAGGAAGAGCCGGAUUCAUGCAUCAGUGAGCAGCUCUUUAUGCAGAUGGCAGAGCUCAUGGUCUCAGAUGGCUGGAAGGAUGCAGGUUAUGAGUAUGUCUGCAUUGAUGACUGUUGGAUGGCUCCCCAAAGAAAUUCAUUAGGCCAACUUCAGGCAGACCCUCAGCGCUUUCCUGGAGGGAUCCGCAGACUAGCUAAUUAUGUCCACAGCAAAGGACUGAAGCUAGGGAUUUAUGCGGAUGUUGGAAAUAAAACUUGUGCAGGCUACCCUGGGAGUUUUGGACACUAUGACAUUGAUGCUCAGACCUUUGCUGAGUGGGGAGUAGAUCUGCUAAAAUUUGAUGGUUGUCACUGUGACAGUAUAAAGCAUUUGGCAGAUG